ACAACUCAUCCAAGCCACCCUUGUUUUCUGAUCCAAUGUCCAUGGACGUUGAACAAAACCUUGACCACCAAUCUCCCCCCAAAACACCCAAAAAACUUACUCUUAUCCCUCUAAUCUUCCUCAUCUAUUUCGAAGUUGCCGGCGGUCCCUAUGGAGAAGAACCCGCCGUCCAGGCUGCCGGACCCCUUAUCGCUCUUCUCGGAUUCCUCCUCUUCCCUUUUAUCUGGAGCGUCCCCGAAGCUCUCAUCACGGCAGAGCUCUCUACUGCUUUUCCCGGUAACGGAGGCUUCGUUAUUUGGGCCGAACGUGCCUUCGGUCCAUUCGUCGGGUCCCUUAUGGGAUCCUGGAAGUUCUUGAGUGGUGUCAUUAACAUCGCCGCUUUCCCGGUUCUCUGCGUCGACUACCUGGAGAAGAUCAUUCAUCCUUUGGAGUCAGGCUGGCCUCGCCAGAUCUCUAUUUUGAUGUCGACGGUGAUUUUAUCUUUUGUGAAUUAUACCGGAUUAGCCAUCGUCGGUUGGGGUGCUGUUUUGCUAGGCCUUGUUUCCCUUUCGCCUUUCGUUAUCAUGUCGCUCGUAGCAAUCCCCAAGAUCCAACCCCAUAGAUGGAUCAGUCUAGGUCAGAGAAGUGUUAAAAGAGAUUGGAAUCUCUUCUUCAACACCCUUUUCUGGAAUUUAAACUUCUGGGACAACGUCAGUACUCUCGCCGGCGAAGUAGAUAACCCCCAGAAAACGUUCCCUCGAGCUCUUCUAGUGGCAGUGGUUUUCACUUGCUUAGCCUACCUCGUACCACUCUUCGCUGUUAUCGGUGCCGUUUCCGUCGAUCAAAACGAAUGGGGGUCCGGGUUUCAUGCAGACGCGGCGGAGAUGAUCGCAGGCAAGUGGCUAAAAGUCUGGAUCGAAGUGGGAGCUGUUUUAUCGGCAAUCGGUUUAUUCGAAGCUCAACUAAGUGCUUGUGCUUAUCAACUGGAGGGAAUGGCGGAUUUAUCAAUUCUGCCCAAGUUUUUCAGCAGCAGAUCCAAAUGGUUCAACACACCUUGGGUGGGGAUACUGAUCUCCACUUUGAUCACAAUCGGAAUGUCGUACAUGAAUUUCACCGAUAUCAUAUCGUCGGCGAAUUUCCUGUACAGUUUGGGAAUGCUGCUGGAAUUUGCAUCUUUUGUUUGGUUGAGGAGAAAGUUGCCUGCAAUAAAGAGACCUUACAGGGUUCCUCUAAGGAUUCCAGGGCUGGUUUUAAUGUGCUUAAUACCAUCAGCAUUCCUUGUGGUUAUCAUGGUUAUUGCCACUAAAAUAGUGUUUUUGAUUAGUGGAGUCAUGACUGUGGGCGCCAUUGGAUGGUACUUUCUAAUGAACUUUUGCAGGGAAAAGAAGCUGCUAGAGUACAGCGUUGUGGAAGAUGGGGAAAGAUGAUGAUGGAGUUUGAAGUUGGAUGUUGUGUCUUGUAACUUCUCUUAUUCAUAUCCUUUUGUAACCCAUCAAAACACCAUCAAUGGUAUUUAAUCUUCUGCUA